CUAAUUUCAAAUGUCAUGGCAUCCCAGGCAAAGAAGAGGAAAAUGAAUUUCUCAGAAAGAGAGGUCGAAAUUAUUGUGGAAGAGAUGGAAAAGCAGAAACACAUUUUAGUUAACCACUUCAACGCUGGUGUUACUCACAUUACCAAAAAUAAUGCUUGGAUAGAGAUACUUAAACGCGUUAACGCAGUGACUACCUGUCAGCGUGAGCUUUCCGAAGUAAAAAAGAAAUGGUCCGAUUUAAAGACGGAAGUUCGGCGAAAGGUAGCGCAGGCACGAGCAGCAAUGGAAGGCACCGGUGACUGUACCACUGUCCCAGUCAUUCUGACUUCUAUGCAACAGCGCAUAUGCAAUCUGCUAGGAGAAGCAACCAUCAUAAGCGUGCCAGCUGGUGAAGCCAGCGCGGAGAUCACCGUGCCGGUUCCUAUAAGCUCGGCUACCACUGUAACGUUAACGCAAACAGCUGAAACCACUUACCACACACUUGAAGAAGGCAUGGUGGAAUAUUGUACUGCUGAGACCCCUGUCACCGUGACAACCGAAGCACCUGUGGAAAUGUUAACUGCACAGGCAGAAUGUUCCGUAAAGCCACAGGAGCUGAAGAGCCGUAUCGCACUUAACUCUGCCAAGCUACUGCAAGAACAACGAGUCACCAACCUGCACAUACGUGAGAUCGCCCAGCACCUGGAGAACCAGAACGAUCUACUUCAGAUGAUCCGUCGCUCCCAGGAGGCGCAGGCCUGUGCCCAGGAGAGGCAGGCUCAAGCCCUGGAAGGCACACAGGCUGCCCUGCUUGCUCUUAUCCAGAUGUUCCGACCUGCGCUGAAGGACCUACGGAAAUUCCUGCAGAGCGCAAGCAGCUCCAGUGUGGGGACAGUGUCUGAUGGAGUAGACGGAACAGCAAAUGUUCCUCAGCAAACAGAUGAAGGACAAUAG